AUGGUCGCAGCCAAGCUCAGGCUCACCUUGGUUGCCGAGCAGGCUUUUUGGUUAGCGGCCGUGAGAGCCUAUUCCCAGUCCGCUCCGAAGACAUUGAAAGCUGCCGCAUGCUGCUUUGACAAGAUGUUCUCCCUUCGCACCGCUGUGCGGAGAGCUUCCAGCAAGCCCCUCCGAGCGCUCUCCGCAUCCCACGCCGCUUCUUCUGCGAGACUCUGCUCUCCUCGCCAUGCUCUCAAAGCCUCCGCUGUCCCCUUGCUGCAGAGCCGUCCCUACUCCCGCGCAUCGGAUCCCCAGCUCUCCUCGACCCGGUCGACCGUUGUCCAGCUGUUGAGCAACAUUGGCUCGAAGCGUGAGGUGCAGCAGUACCUUUCCCACUUCACAUCCGUCUCUUCGCAGCAGUUUGCCGUGAUCAAGGUUGGCGGUGCUAUCAUCACCGAGCACCUCCAGACUCUGUCUUCGGCCCUGGCUUUCCUCAACCAUGUCGGACUCUACCCGAUCGUCGUUCACGGAGCCGGACCUCAGCUCAACCGCAUGCUGGAGGCUGCGGGUGUCGAGCCCCAGUUCGAGGAUGGUAUCCGGGUGACGGAUGGCAAGACUCUGGCGCUGGCUAGAAAAUUGUUCCUGGAGGAGAAUCUGAAGCUGAUUGAGGAGCUGGAGCGCAUGGGCGUUCGGGCUCGUCCCAUCAACGCUGGCGUUUUCUUCGCCGACUACCUUGACAAGGAGAAGUACAAUCUGGUCGGCAAGAUCAACGGCGUCAACAAGAAGCCCAUUGAGUCUGCCAUCGAGGCGGGCUGCCUCCCCAUUCUGACUUCCAUGGCCGAAACCCCCGAUGGACAGGUCCUGAAUGUCAACGCCGAUGUCGCUGCCGGUGAAUUGGCACGCGCUCUGCAGCCAUUGAAGAUUGUCUACCUUGCUGAGAAGGGUGGAUUGUUCAACGGCGAUACCGGUGAGAAGAUCUCCGUGAUCAACCUCGAUGAGGAGUACGAACACCUGAUGUCGCAGUGGUGGGUGCGUCACGGUACUCGCCUGAAGAUCAAGGAGAUGAAGGAACUGCUCAGUGACCUUCCCCGCACCUCGAGCGUUGCUAUCAUCCACCCCGCCGAUCUGCAGAAGGAGCUGUUCACCGACUCCGGAGCCGGUACACUCAUCCGGCGAGGCAACAAGGUGCACACCAAGACUUCGCUCUCCGAGUUUGAGGAUCUCGAGAAGCUGAAGGAUGUGCUUGUCCGUGACCGUGAGGGCUUGGAUGCCCGCGCCACUGUCGACCGCUAUGUUGAGGGGUUGAAGGAGCGUGACUUCAAGGUCUAUUACGAUGAGCCCAUGGAAGCCCUUGCGGUCGUGUUGCCACCCGGACAGGAUGCCACUUCUUCCUUCUCCCAUCUGGCUACCUUUACCAUCACCAAGGCUGGAUGGUUGACCAACGUUGCGGACAACGUUUUCGCCGCCAUCAAGAAAGAUUUCCCUCAGCUGGUUUGGACCGUCAAGGAGGAUGACGAGAACCUGACUUGGUUCUUCGACAAGGCCGAUGGAAGCCUGAGCCGCGACGGCGAGGUCCUCUUCUGGUACGGCAUCGAAAGUGGCGAGGAGGUCAAGCAGCUGGUCCAGGAGUUUAACCAGCACGGCCGCCAGAUGUUCGGCGACAUCAACCUCGAAUCCAGACUGCAGCGUGCUGCUCAAGCCGCCACCAACAUUGGCAAGACUGGCUUCGGUGCUAGUGGUGCCUCUGUCGAGCAGAAGCGUGCGUUCUCCUCUACCAGCAACGCCCUGCGCGCUGCUCGCUUCGGACGUCCCACCGUCGCGGCCAACGCCGUGAGAAACUACUCCACCACCAACCCUAAUCCUCCCCUGGGCGAGAAGAACAACUCCAACACCCGGCCCUCCAAGGUUGCUCUCAUUGGAGCCCGCGGUUAUACCGGCCAGGCCCUCAUCAACCUGCUUAAUGCCCACCCUAACAUGGACCUGCGCCAUGUUUCUUCUCGCGAGCUGGCUGGCAAGAAGUUGCAAGGAUAUGACAAGCGCGAGAUCAUCUACGAGAACUUGAGCCCGGAAGAUGUCAAGCGUAUGUCUGCCAACGGUGAUGUUGACUGCUGGGUCAUGGCUUUGCCCAACGGUGUCUGCAAGCCCUUCGUCGACGCUGUCGACCAGGGCUCCGAGACCGGCAACGUUAUCGUUGAUCUGAGCGCUGAUUACCGCUUCGAUGACAAGUGGACCUAUGGUCUUCCUGAGCUGGUCAACCGCGGCAAGAUUGCGCAGGCCACUCGCAUCUCCAACCCCGGUUGCUAUGCCACCGCUGCCCAGAUUGGUAUUGCCCCUCUGGUUCCCUACCUCGGUGGACAGCCCACCGUGUUCGGUGUUUCCGGAUACUCGGGUGCGGGUACCAAGCCCAGCCCUAAGAACGACGUCCAGAACCUCACAAACAACAUCAUUCCUUAUAGCUUGACUGAUCACAUCCACGAGAGAGAAAUCAGCGCACAGCUGGGAACCAGCAUUGCCUUCAUUCCCCACGUUGCUGUCUGGUUCCAGGGUAUUCACCAUACCAUCAGCAUCCCCCUGAACAAGGAGAUGACCUCCCGUGACAUCCGUAACCUCUACCAGGAGCGUUAUGCCGGUGAGAAGCUUGUGAAGAUUGUCGGCGAGGCACCUCUCGUCAAGGACAUCGCCGGCCGCCAUGGCAUCGAAGUCGGUGGCUUCGCCGUCCACUCUAGCGGCAAGCGCGUGGUUGUCUGCGCUACCAUUGACAACCUGCUCAAGGGUGCCGCUACUCAGUGCCUGCAGAACAUGAACCUUGCGCUCGGCUAUGGCGAAUACGAAGGCAUUCCUCUAGAUUAG